AUGACCACUCAAUCCCCUAGCCCUAUCCCUGGACCUCCACAGCUUCCAUUAAUCGGCAAUAUAUAUGAACUCGAUUUUGAAAGACCUGUGUUCUCAAUCGCGGGUCUGGCGGAUAAGUAUGGCGAGAUUUAUCGAUUGCGAUUCCCGGGAGCCCGCUUAGUGGUCCUAAGUACGCGCGCUUUAGUCGACGAGGUCUGUGACGAGAAGCGAUUUAAAAAGAUUCCCAACGAAGUCUUAACGGAGCUUCGACGAGGCCUUCAUGAUGGACUAUUUACGGCACAUUAUGAUGAGCCGAACUGGGGAAUUGCUCAUCGCGUACUGAUGUCGGCAUUCGGACCGAUGAAUAUUCGUAAUAUGUUUGACGAGAUGCGAGAUAUCAGCUCGCAGUUAGUCUUGAAGUGGGCGAGACAUGGACCGCAAAACCGAAUCAACGCCCCCGAAGACUUCACACGCCUUACUUUGGACAUAAUUGCUCUUUGUUCUAUGGGCUUUCGAUUCAAUAGCUUCUACUCCGAGAAGUUGCACCCCUUCAUCAGCUCUAUGGCGGAGUUCCUCACUGAGUCCGGACGGAGGGUGCAGAGGCCACCAUUGCCAUCGAUUUUCUACCGAGCCCAAGAUAAAGCGUACCAGUCUCAUAUUGAUGUACUUCGCGAAACAGCUGAGGCGGUUUUGAAAGAGCGAAUGUCGGACCCUGGAAAUGACCGGAAAGAUCUUCUAACGGCUAUGCUUAAGGGGCGAGAUUCCGUAACUGGGGAGAAAAUGAGCGAUUCGUCGAUUAUUGAUAAUUUGAUAACUUUUCUAGUCGCUGGGCAUGAGACCACGUCCGGUACCUUAUCAUAUGCUAUGUAUCGACUCUUGAAGAACCCCGAUGACUAUCGCAAAGUACAACAAGAGGUGGACGAAGUCGUGGGUAAAGGGCCUGUAACUGUGCAACAUGUGCAAAAGCUUCCAUUCAUUACAGCGGUCCUCCGUGAAACCCUUCGAUUGGAUUCGCCUAUACCAAUUUUUUCUGUUUCCCCGCUAGAGGAUACCUUGCUGGCUGGAAAAUACUUAGUGCAUAAAGGAGAAUUCAUUAACUGUCUUCUGCUAAGAUCACAUCUCGACCCAGAAGUUUUCGAUGAUCCCCUAGAAUUUAAACCAGAGAGGAUGCUUGAUGAAAAUUUUAAUAAGCUACCGAAGAACUCAUGGAAGCCCUUUGGUAGUGGCUCGAGAGCGUGCAUAGGUAGACCCUUUGCAUGGCAGGAAGCUGUCCUUGUUAUGGCCAUGCUAUUCCAGAACUUCAACUUCGUUCUAGCCGACGCGGAUUAUGAGUUGAGCCAUAAACAGACCUUAACCAUUAAACCGGAUAAUUUCUUCAUAAGAGCCAUACUCCGUGAUGGCAUGGAUCCUACUAAGCUCGAGUCUAGGCUUGCCGGAACUGAGAUGCCUUCAGAGAAGGUGAAAACCAAUGGAAAUGCGACCGCUCGACGCAACGAUUCGGGCAAGCAGAUUACUAUUCUAUAUGGUUCGAAUAGCGGUACAUGCGAGUCUUUGGCGCAGCGACUAGCUUUUGAUGCCGCCCAGUACGGAUAUAGUGUGUCGACUCUGGAUUGCAUGGACGGUGCUGUGGAAAAGCUUCCUAAAAACCAGCCCGUCGUUAUUAUCACAGCAAGCUAUGAAGGCGAGCCCCCAGACAAUGCCGGUCACUUCGUUUCGUGGAUCAAUAGCAUCAAAGAUGAAACCGUCUUCCAGGGAUCCUCUUUCGCGGUAUUUGGAUGUGGUCACCAUGACUGGGCACAGACAUUCCAUCGAAUUCCGAAGUUGGUGGAUAUGAGACUUGGAGAACUCGGUGCAAUGAGGGUUGCUGAGAUAGGCCUUGCAGAUGCUGCAGGAGAGGAUGUAUUUGUUGCCUUUGAAACAUGGGAAGAUAACGUUCUUUGGCCGGCCUUGAACACCCUGCAGGGAAAUGACGGAGUAGAGGCAUCGUCUAAGACACGAGUUGCCCCUUUGAAAGUACAGGUCUCAAAUACUCGAUCAUCAAUCCUGAAGCAGAAUGUAAGCGAGGCUAAAGUCCUCGCGACUCGAUUACUCACUGCCAAUGGGGAACCUGUGAAAAAGCAGGUUGAUGUUCGGCUUCCACUCGGCUUGGCUUAUAGACCUGGUGAUUAUUUGACCGUCCUUCCCAUCAAUCCCAAAGAAACGGUCCAGCGAAUUAUGCGUCGGUUCGAAUUGCCUGGGGAUGCAAGUAUUAAAAUAGAAGGGACCGGUGUAAGGCUCCCAACUAAUGAACUGGUUCCUGCCCAUAGUAUCCUAAGCGACUUCGUCGAAUUGACCCAGCCAGCGACGAAAAGAAACAUCCACGUACUGGCUGAUGCGGCAGACACCGAGGAAGAUCGUGAGAAGCUAAAAAGUUUAGCCACCAAUGAUUACGAGGCCGAGAUACUUGCCAAGCGAACAUCGGUGCUUGACUUGCUAGAAGCCUAUUCAUCUAUUAAAAUAGACUUAGGAUCGUUCCUAGCGAUGCUACCACCAAUGCGAUGUCGUCAAUAUUCCAUUUCUUCAUCUCCACUUGAAGACUCAUCAAUUGCUUCUAUCACUUAUUCCGUGGUGUCGGGUCGCGCGAAAUCAGGCCGUGGCAAUCAUAUCGGCGUUGCAAGUUCCUACCUAGGAGGUCUCGAAGCUAACGAUAGGCUUCGUAUUUCCGUGCGACCAUCCCACGCGGCAUUUCAUUUACCACCCGCUCCAGAAAAAACACCAUUGAUCCUGGUCUCCGCCGGAAGUGGGAUUGCUCCAUUUCGCGGUUUCAUACAAGAGCGCGCGGUCAUGAUUAAGUCUAGUCGUAAACUUGCACCGGCUGUGUUAUACCACGGUUGUCGGGAGCCAGGGAAAGAUGAUUUAUAUGCAUCGGAAUUUAGCGACUGGGGAAAGAUUGGUGCUGUUACGAUCAAACGAGCCUUUAGUAGGAGCCCAGAUAAGUCGGGUGGUUCUAAAUAUGUUCAAGACAUUGUGUGGGCCGAUCGCGUUCAAUUUCUCGAAUUAUGGCGUAAUGGUGCGCAGCUUUAUAUCUGUGGAUCGCAAAAGGUUAGCCAGGGAGUCGAACAAGUUGCAAAGCGCAUACAGCAAGAGAAUGCGAAGUCGAAGGGUGAGCAGCUUAGUGAUGAGGAUGCGCAGAAAUGGUGGGACGAAUUGAGAAACGUUAGAUACGCUACUGACGUAUUUGACUAG